AUGUCGAAGACUAAGGUUUCCUCCAAGGUCGAUAAGAAGGCCGAGAAGGUCUUGGCCAAGGCCAAGGACACUGGUGUCACCAAGUCCAAGGACGCUGCCAAGAAGGUCGCCUCCAAGGACAAGGCCUCCAAGAAGAACAAGAAGAAGGAGCCCACUCCUUCCAGCUCUGAGUCUGAGUCUGAGUCCCAGUCCGAGGAGUCCUCCAGCUCCUCCGAGUCUGAGGAUGAGAAGCCUGCCCCCAAGAAGGAUACAAAGAAGGUUGAGAAGAAGGUUGCCAAGAAGGAGGAGUCUUCCUCCGAGUCCGACUCUGAUGAAGAGAUGAAGGAUGGCUCCUCCAGCUCCGAGUCUGAGUCUGAGGACGAGAAGCCCGCCGCCAAGAAGGUCGAGAAGAAGGCUGAGUCUUCCGACUCUUCCGACUCCUCUGACUCUGAGUCCGAGGCUGAGGCCCCCAAGAAGGCUGCUGCCAAGGCUGAGUCUUCUGACUCUGACUCCUCUGACUCUGAGUCUGAGGAUGAGAAGCCCGCCAAGAAGGAUGCCAAGAAGGACUCCAGCGACAGCGAGUCUGGCUCCGACUCUGACAGCUCCGACUCCUCCGACUCUGAGUCUGAGGACAGCGAGGAGACUGCUGUCUCCUCCAAGAAGCGCAAGGCUGAGGAGGAGCCCGUCGCUGCCCCCAAGAAGGCCAAGACCGAGGCCGCCCCCGAGGGCGCCUCCGCCAACCUGUUCGUCGGCAACCUGUCCUGGAACGUUGACGAGGACUGGCUCCGCAGUGAGUUCGAGUCCUUCGGUGAGCUCUCCGGCUGCCGUAUCGUCACCGACCGUGAGUCUGGUCGCUCCCGUGGAUUCGGUUACGUUGAGUACACCAACGCUGCCGAUGCCGCUAAGGCUUAUGCCGCCAAGAAGGACUCUGAUCUUGAUGGCCGUACCAUCAACCUGGACUACGCUACUGGCCGCCAGAACAAGCAGGAGGGUGGUGACCGUGCCCAGGCUCGCGCCGGCAAGUACGGUGACCAGACCAGCCCCGAGUCCGACACCCUGUUCGUCGGCAACCUCCCCUUCAGCGCUUCCGAGGAUUCUAUCCGCGACCUGUUCUCCGAGCAGGGCAACAUUCUCGGUAUCCGCCUGCCCACUGACCCCGAGUCCGGUCGCCCCAAGGGCUUCGGUUACAUCCAGUUCGGCUCCAUUGAGGAGGCCAAGGCUGCCCACGGUGCCCUCAACGGUGAGGAGCUCGAGGGUCGCUCCAUCCGCCUUGACUUCAGCACCCCCCGUCCUCCCCGUGAGGGUGGUGGUGGCUUCGGCGGCCGUGGUGGUGGCCGUGGUGGUUUCGGUGGCCGCGGCGGCGGUGGUCGUGGUGGUGGCCGUGGCCGUGGUGGCUUCGGUGGUGGCCGCGGUGGGUUCGGUGGUGACCGUGGUGGCUUCAACAAGGCCAAGGGCAGCAUCCCUGAGUUCAAGGGCAGCAAGAUCACUUUCUAA